GUUAAUUUUUCGUUUCAGUUGCCCGUCGGUUUUUUUUUGUUUUUGGUUUCCAUUCGUCACCGUUUCCGUUUCCAAAUUCGAUCGCUCCGAGUUACGCUACGAAAUCGUUGUUUUUACGCGAAAUUCCCCAUUUUGGGCCUCGAAAUCGACUCCCAGUGGCGUGUGGCUUGUUUUGUGUGGGCAAGAUUGCCGCGAUCGAAGAUCAAAGUGCACGAUCGACGGUGUGAGGUCAUUACCGUGGUGAGAGAGUUCAGUGAAUUCCUCCAUAUUCCGGAUGCGGGGGGGCGCCGAUGUGCAGUGUUAUGUAACCGUUCGGCCCGUAAACAUCCAAACCUAGGAUCUCCAAAGGCCGGGAGAAAGUGUAGCAGCGCGGCGCCGUGAAGAUCUCGGACGAGAAUAGCGUGAGUGACGAGUGAGCUCAGAGGUAGCGUGUCGCGUCAUCACGGUUCGUGCUGGCAUUGAGUGAGUUCGGACCACCGCUAGGAUCAGCAGCAGCAGCAGCAGCAGCAGCAGUAACCCGACGUGUGACAUUCAGGAUGGCCACGGCCAGCGGCCACCGGUUGGAGCCGGCCAGAAGCGGGAUGGGCCCGCGGAAAACCAUGAUCAUUAUGGUGACGGUCGUCGGCUGCGUCGCUAUUUUGUGGCCCAAGGUUUUCUACCCCAUGAUGAUGGGCAGCGGGCAGAACAAGAAUGUCAUCAAAGACCACCGUGGCGCCGGUUGCUGCGGCGUCGUGUUGGACCAGGAAACGUUCGCGAAUGCAUCGAUCAACGUGGCCGAGGAGCAGCAGCAGCAGCAGAAUCUGUUCCGCAAGCGGAACUAUGCUCCGUUCGUCGAGAUUGACAGUAUACGACAGGAGCGACCGCCCCAUCUCCGGCCGGAGGCGAUGCACCCAGCGAUGCGCGAACGGGGCCGUGCCAUUCCGCAAGCCGGCUCCCUACACGGCGCCGAACGUCCGCAUACCGCGCCCAGGAUCGUGGAGGGCAGACCCGGUCCCAUACCUGGUAUGCGCCCACCUAUGGGAGCUGGAUCACACCAAGCGACAAAGUCCGCCAACUCCAUGGGUUUCAUAAUGCCUCUCUAUACCAUCGGUAUAGUUUCAUUCUUCAUCUACACCAUCAUGAAACUGAUAUUCAAAAAGUCACCGGCCACACCGUACGCCGAGAUUAAGCCGGAUCCGGCGUUCCGCAACGAGGUGUUCACCACCACGGAGCAGUACAUCAAGCGACCGGACGAUGGUACGACGAAGCUCGGGCCGCAACAACCGCAUGCAACCGGCCCGGUCACGAACGGGGAGCUGGUUGCAUCGGUGGCUUCGUCUGCCAGCGGUGGCGACGACGAAGCUGCCCCGGUAGAUCAUUCCUCUGCGGUGGAGCGGUCAGAGCUAGCGAUCGACGCCGAGCGCCUGCCGGAACCUGCUGAACCAUUUGGGGCCGCCGUGGCCGAUAAGCCCACGGAGGGGGAGCCGGAGGUGAUCGAGCGGAGCGUAGCAGCCUCGGACGAACCGCCACACGAUCCCACUACCGAGAAGGUAGUCGAUGGAAUCGUCGUGCAGAAAUUCGUCCCGCUCGAGGAAGGGUGCGACAGCUCAGGAGAUGCUCCCGAACCCGAAGCUGUCCUUCCGAUUGCCACCAUGCCGAUUGAAAUGGCAGUGAUCGAAGAGAUGGUUGUAGAAAAGCGACUGCAAACGAUGGCUGCACCACCCGUGCAGCAAGAACCCGAAAUGCCCGUAUCUAAACCAAUCGAUGCUGUCCCUGAGCCAACCGGAAUGGCUGAAGAAGUCCAAGCGAUUGAUGAGCCCGAUCAUGCCCCACAAGAUACCCUGGAAACCGCCCUGGAAAUUCCUCAAGAACCUGCUGUUGAACCGACCACUGGUAGCGAUGUGUCGGAAGUUGGCCAAGAAGCUACACCCGAACCAACGGCCGAGCCGAUCAGUGCUGAGGAGCCUGUGAAAGAGGCUGCCGCCCUAGAGAUCGCAAUUAGUGACGAUGUUAUCGCCGACGAACCGAAACACGCAGAAGUAGAACUGAACGAAACGACGGAGUCGUCCUCUCCGAACGAUAGUGUUCCUGAUUCGCAACAACAACACGAGGCCCUCGUGGAAGAGCUGGAAACUGUUGGGGGCACCUCGGAGGAUCACAACGAACUGGUGCUGGAUACGGAAACCUCGAUCCGGGUCAAUGAGACGGUCGAGGACAUUACGCACGCGGCCGAGCAGUUGGUGUGCGAGGUCCUCGAGCAAGCGGAAUGUCUGGCUCGGAAGCAGGAAGAGGAGGAUCAAUUUCCCAACCUGUCGGCCUACGAUCCUGCCACACCGAAGCUGGCCGAUGGCCCGGUGAUUGAUCGAUUCGACGCGGAAACUGUGAAGCAGUUGGGAACGCUCGAGUCCAGUGUGGCCAGCGAGCUGGAAGAUGAUGGCCCCGAAGGGGAUUCCAUCAGCGAAGACACGUCGCUCAGUGUAGCGUCCGUGAUCGAGCAGCCAUCCGCGCUACCGGAACCACUGAUCACGACCGAACUGGUGACCGACCUGGGCACGUCCAGUGAGCCGAUCUUCGUUGAUGGAAACGAUCCCACACCGACGGUGGAAACGGAAACCGUGCUGGAAGUGGCGGAUGCGGACGAACCGGAACCGAAGCCCGAAACUUCCCGCAACCGGAAGAGCGUCUCGAUCGAGGAAGUGCACGAUGAUGCGGCCAUUGUCGAUCCGGCCGAAGGACGGGUGAUCGAGGAGCACAUCGUACCGGUGCGUAUCGAGCAGGGCGCGGAAGGUGGCGCAACCACGUCCAUCACGGAGGUUGCGGCCGAUGAGCCGUUUGUAGAAUCCCCGCCAACCACCGCCGCCGCCGCUAGCACGCUGCCUAGUCCGCUGGGCGCGAUCGACGAAAGGCAGGAGCAGGCUCCGGAGCCGGAUCCGGAGCACGCCACGAAGGAGGCGCUGGUCGAGCGCACGCUAAACGAGGCCGCCGCCGUGGUGAACGAGAUCGAGUCGAUCGUGGACCACAUCCUCACCGAGAAGCUCCUUCAGAGUGGGGCCGAGCCGCCCCGAUUGGCCGCUUCCGCCGCGCUGGUAGUCGAAGCUAUCGAGUCCAAGUCCGCCAGUGUGCCAAGCAUGGUGUGCCCCAGCCGUAGCGAUAGUAGUCCGCAGGACACCCGGGUCACCACUAACGGGCUUACUAAUCCGAGUGGCGGGCCGACUGACGUUACUAAUCCACCACCGGUGGGGGGUUCCCCGCUGACCGCUCACGAAUCAUGCUCGCUCACGACAUCCACAUCGGACGCAUUUCCCGCCCCACUCACAGCAGCCACACCACCUCCGGUUCCCUCCAGUGAGACCGACAGUAUCACUCUCGUCGCAGAUACGCCGCCGCCCGACCGCUGGGACUCCGCUGGGACCGGCAGCAGCGCCAGCAACGGGCACCUAGGGCCCCAGGACGAGCACCGAGCGACGGCAGCGGCGACCACACCAAUUGGCCAAGUACCGACCAGUGUCAGCAGCGUGACUAAUCCCAAGUUUCUCACCUUGACUCUAGCUAACUAUAGCACUAGCAACAGUAGUGGUAACAAUAGCAAUCGCUCGUCCUCCGCGGUGCCUAACCUCGCGCAGCCAGCGGCGGCCCUGUCGGUUGGCGGUGCCGACAGUACCGACCAGCUGAUGGAGCUCGAGCUGCUGCGCAAGAAGUUGGACGAAACGGAACGGGCCAUGACUAAAAUUAUCGCCAAUAUGGGCACCAUCCCGAAGGGCCAGGAAACAAACGCAACGUCGGACGAGGCUGACUCUUUGCCGAAGGAACCGUCGGCUUCGACGGUGGACGAAGCUUCUGCUGCGGCUGGCACCGCCGAUGACACCGCCGGCGAUGAGACAGCGGCCGCCAAUGGACACGCAAUCAAGCCGAUCGACGCAACGGUGUCCGAGGCGGAAGCGGAAACACCGAAGGAAGCCGAAGGUACUACGGAGAAGCAGGCCAAGAAGCGCGAUCGUAGCACCGAACGGGGCACGGUUAAGGUGAUGGCCAUGGAAGUGACGGCGCAGCGCGAGAAUGGCAAACGGUUGAGUCGACCAACGACGCCACUGCUCCCGAUGGGACACCCGGAACCGGCUGCUGCCGGCGUGACCGAAGCACAGGAAACACGAUCGAUCGUGCUCGAUGGACGGUUACCGCACGAUUCGAAAAUCCUGGUGGCCGACUCCGAGACGGCAGUGGAGAAGCUGGAUCCGGAAAACUCCGACGAAGAGGAAGAUGCUCCGGUGAUAUUGAGCGGCAAGAUGACACUCUCGUUGAUCAACAUGGACUUCAUUGAAAAGGAUGCAACCGGAACCGUAGCGGUCGGAGAAAUCCUGACGGAGCUCCACAAGCCCCAGCAGGAGGAAAUUGCGACAGCGCCGACCGAAGGCGGCGAUUAGAUUUGUCUGCCCCGUUGGCACGCUAUUGCCCGGUUCCGGUACCGUUUCGUUCGAGAAACACAAGUCUUAUAAAUGUACCACGUGUACUUUUCUAUCGAUAACGCAACGCAGGUCCAGCACGGAUCGUAAAACAACGAUAGGGCCUGAAGGAGUUUGCCAACCUAGACUUAGACCGUAAAAAAGGCGGUCCUUUUCGAUUCGCACAGCCGGCAAGACUUUACUGAUGCCAAAAGCAAACCACAUUUCAAUCGCGUGCACCUACCCGUUUACUAUUGCGACUGGACUGUUGCGGCCAAACGGAGUGACGGGCCGGAGAAGAGAUGCCCCCGGCCGUUUCGUUCUGUUUGUUUCACUUGCUUACUGAUCAUCUUCCAAAUAUCUGAAAAAAACGAAGGUAGACACCCCAAACAACCCGACUUCCCGAAUUGAACCAGAUAGGGUGAAGCAAUAUUAUAGUCACUUAUUUAUUAUUUUAAUGUUUUCACGCCCGAUCCGAUCUGGUCUGGAAGCAGCAAUGCAUGUAAUACUCGAAAUAGUCAGUAGCACAGAUUUGAGAGAAAAGCAAACGCCGUUAUUUGGGGAAACUAUAUAAAUAUAAUUUUAUUUCACUUCCAUAGCAGGGCGAGCAGAGAAAUUGAGCGAGCGCGUACAGGUUCGCGUACGCGGAAGGAUAUAGCAAUGAAUUAUGAAUGUAUGAAUUUAUCAAGAUUCUAAUAAAAUCGUUUAU